CCUUUUUCCUUUUCUUUUUUUUUUUCCCGGUAAAUGAAUAUACCAUAUCAUUUGUUCUUUAUUUAGUUUCCAUUUAUAACACAUUUUAAAGGAUUUUUUGGGUUUUUAAAAAGAAGCAGAAAUGGGAAUUGGAAGCAGAGUUUUCGCCUCCAAAUCUAACCCGCUCGUCUUCCUACUUCCCUCCCUUGCUUCCACCCAACUCAGCUUCAAAUCAAUCCUCAACCGUACUCCGUCGCCGACGACGACCUUCAGGGUUCAACGAAUGGCCAGCAGAGCUUCUGCAUCCCCAUCUUCCAUCACAGGCGGCGACGACAACAACCGUCCUGCUCCAGCUGCAAAUGCGGAGGUCUCCGCUUCAUCCGCCAUCGAUUUCCUCUCCCUCUGCCACCGCCUCAAGACAACAAAAAGAGCUGGAUGGGUAAGGAGAGAUGUAAAGGAUCCAGAAUCAAUAGCUGAUCAUAUGUACAGAAUGGGAUUAAUGGCUCUUAUUGCUUCAGAUAUUCCUGGUGUUGACCGAGACAAGUGUAUUAAAAUGGCAAUAGUUCAUGACAUUGCAGAAGCCAUUGUUGGUGACAUAACCCCUUCAGAUGGGAUUUCAAAAGCUGAGAAAAGUCGAAGAGAGCAGGAAGCAUUGGAUCAUAUGUGCAAAUUGCUAGGUGGAGGAGCAAGAGCAAAGGAAGUAGGUGAGCUGUGGAUGGAGUAUGAGGAAAAUUCAUCCCCAGAAGCCAAAAUUGUGAAGGACUUUGACAAGGUGGAGAUGAUACUUCAAGCCUUAGAAUAUGAGAAUGGUAAGGCUACUUAUAAGAUCCUGUUAAGUAAGUAAUUUCACAUGGAAUCAUGUUCUAUAGUAACUUUUUUCAUUGAAUAUUUACUUUAAGAUUCUAAAUUUUGAAUAACAAUAAUAAAUUUAAGUUAUUGAAUUCUGAUUGCUUUGUUGUUUUAAGAUUUAUACUUGAUAGUUGUUCUUAUAUGAAAGUUGUUAAAUGUAAGGGAGUAUGAAUUAUAUGAAAGUUGCCCCAACCACCAUCACUGACAUUAAGAAUUUAGUUUGGUGGCCAAAAUAUUAUAGCGUUGUCUGCCGUUAGGCAGUUUGAUUAAGGUUUCAAGAUUCAAUUGUGUUAAUUUUGUAACAGAUGGCACCACUUUGCAUGUUUUUUAUGGCUUUAAUUAUCUUGUGAUUAUUUGAGAGACAUAAUCAGAAUGAUAUAAAUUAUCCUUCUGUCACCAUGCCCUAAUUCUUAUAGAUGAAUCACUAAUUCCUUGAUAUUUUAAAACCAUGGGCACAAAUGCACUCUUUUAGCCAGUAUCCUUAAACAGUUUUUGGAAUCUUUGGAUGGAGUAUAGCUUGAAAUUUUGUGUUUCAAUACUGAAAAUCCUGGGGGAUAAUAGAAUAUAAUAAUGGAUUUUUCUAAGGGCAUAGGUUAGGAGCACCUUUUUGCAAUCAAUUUGUAUAGGAAAAUGUAAAAGUAAACAUUAAUUUUAGUGUCAAUGCCAUGUGGAUAAAUUUAAUUAGACAGU